UAAGUGUUCUACACUUGAAAUUUGCAGAAGGAAUUCAAGUACCCCCACCUGCAAUUCUCCCAUUUAUACAUCCCACAAACCCUUCCCCUCCACACACACACGAUCCUGAAAAAAGAGAGAAAUGGGGAGAGGUAGGGUUGAACUGAAAAGAAUAGAGAACAAGAUCAAUAGGCAGGUGACAUUUUCAAAGAGAAGAAAUGGGCUUCUCAAGAAAGCUUAUGAGCUUUCUGUGCUUUGUGAUGCUGAGGUUGCCCUCAUCAUCUUUUCCAGUCGUGGAAAGCUAUACGAGUUCGCAAGUGCUGGCAUGACUGCAACCCUCGAACGCUAUCAGCGUUGCUGCUUUAAUCCUCUCAACACUGGCGCUGAAAGAGAAACACAGAGCUGGUACCAAGAGGUCUCAAAAUUAAAGGCCAAGUACGAAGCUCUUCAACGCACUCAAAGGAACUUGCUUGGAGAAGAUCUUGGGCCGCUAAAUGUAAAAGAGUUGGAGAAUCUUGAAAAACAGCUCGAAGGAGCUCUUACUCAAGCUAGGCAGAGGAAGACAAAGAUAAUGAUGGAGCAAAUGGAAGAUCUCCGCAGAAAGGAGCGGCAACUGGGAGAGAUGAACAAGCAGUUGAAGAUCAGGGUUUCCCUAGAAUUGUCAUCGGUAUUCAUAAAUAAUGAACAUGAGACAGAAGGACAAGGUCUGAGAGGGUUUCCAUGCCAGUGGAAUGCAGCUGCAUCAGCUGGCACUAGCACCUUUAUGGUCCAGCCUGGUUCAAACCCUAUGGAAUUUGAACCAGAACCUGUACUACAGAUGGGGUACCAUCACUAUAAUCUUGGAGAAGGGUCUUCUGUUCCAAGAAACAUGGCUGUUGACAGCUUUGAUCUGUUUUAGCCAUUUUAUCUGAUUUUAAAUGCCUUGUCUUUUAUGAUUUGAAACACCAGUCAGCAUGACUUUUAAUGUUUAUGCAUAAACUGCAAAUAUGUACGUGCUUUUGCUGUUACGCUUAUAUAUAAAUUCCAUAUUUUGCUAUCA